AUGAAGCGGCUGGCGUUCCUGAAGGAGUUUCUGAAGAGUGGCUCUCUCAUAAGUGGCCUGCACUGUGCGAAGGAUACACACCAGAGGAAAUCUUUAACGCUGAUGAAACAGCAAAGAUACUAUCUUAGUAUUUUGGAUGCAAUCCUAAUGAUAUCGGAAGCUUGGGAAAAGGUCACACAGACCACUAUAGCCAACUGCUUUCGCCAUGCAGGUUUCAAAGAUCUCUCUCCAUCACAAGCGGAGGAUGACGAUGAUAUUCCCCGCUAG